AUGACUUUAUUCUCAACAGCCUCAGGCAGGAAGUACCAGCUUUAUGCGGUUCACACCAGCAAGGCCUGCAACAUCCUGAGCAAACACACAGCGUUCGUUCCCGUCGACCUGGACACCAACGAGUAUCUGCAGACGUGCAUUGAAUACAUGAACCCUGGUGAAGGGCUGAAGAGAGGCUCGCGGUCGAGCUCUCGCUCAGGGAGCAGGAAGACCCGAGGAUACUCCGUGGGGCUCGGCCGCUCGCAGUCUGGAGGCGUGUCGGAGGACGAGCUCCUGCACAACAGUGGAGAGGACGGAGUGUCUCCCUGUAGCACGCCCACCUCCGCCGGCUGGGAGCGCUGCAGCUUCACUGAGGUCUCCCAGAGGAGUCCCUCCGUCACCUCAGACCAGUCCCAGAAGUCUGUGGAAAGCUUCUUCUCCGCCCGGCUGGCUCUCACCAGGACUCGCCUCCUGACUCGAGCGGCUAAAGGCUUCAUGUGUCGGUCUCACAGCAAGUCUGGAGAGUCGGGAGAGAGCGACACCGAGAAUAAAGACUAUAUCCCUCUGGUGUUGCUGCAGUUGGCUAGCGGUGCGUUUCCGCUGGACGCUGCGCUGUGUUAUGCCAUCAACGUGCCCAUGGAGAAGCUGAAGUGGACGUCCCCCUUCAGCAACCACCGCAGUAGCCUGGCCCACCCGUCUCACUGCAGCAGCCGCCGCGCCGAUCAUGGAUUUGGAUCCCUGUGUGAGCCAGAAACAGAGCUCACUGUGGGCAUGCUCAGCCCGCCUCAUUAUCCUUCCUCAUUAGGCAGUCCUUGCUCAACCGGCGAGCCCCUACUCUCACAGGCGGACAGCGGACGGGGCUCUGGGUCAGGGGGCUUGGAAACGGCAUCGCUGAAGAGGCUGCUGGAUGCAGAGAGCAUGGUGUGGGCCACGGCGGUGGCCCUCGCCUGGCUGGAGCACAGCUCUGCCAGUCAUUUCAUCGAGUGGGAGCUGGCAGCCGCCAAGGCCAGCAUGUGGCUGACCGCGCAGGAAAUCCCAGAAGGCCGAGACUUGGCGUCCGUCAAGGCUGCCGCCAAUCAGCUGUUCAUCAUCCUCAGACACUGGGACGAAAACCUGCAGCUGAACAUGCUGUGUUACAACCCCAACAGUGUGUGAGGGAGGGGACACACCUCUCAGUACUUACGAUACUAUGCUGUUUGUCCUCUGGAGUCUGAUUUAUCCGUUGCAGUUGUGAACAACUUGUAGUUUCUUCUGUUUGUGUGCUGUCCCUCUAAACAUAUCAGAGGCACCGGCUGUUACCUCGCUGGUGCCACUUCUCAGUGUUAAGGUCAAGGUCAGUGUUAAAUCUGUGGCAUGCGGGUGUGUCAACGUCUGAGAAAAGCUCUUAUUGUCAUCAUAUUGAUGUUACAGGCUGAAUGCUGCAAAACGCUUGUAAGAAAAAACAGUUUUACUGUUUUUACGUCUUUACAGCAUUUUCUGAUUGUAUUGUGGUAAACAAUGUCACAUGAUAACAUCUGGGUGCUUGCUCGCCGUCCUGCCUGUCUUUUCUAAUGCCUGUUAUUAAUAUUUGCCUUUUCUGCAGUUUUAUUAUAACAGACACAGAAACAUAUGCAAACGCUAAAGAAAAUAUAUAAUAUAUGUUAACAUUUGUUUAAAAAAGAUGUGGCUUUGAUGGGAAUCUAUGAAUAUGUCACCAGCAGGUUGUUUACUGUCUAUUAUUUAGUGAUACAUACAGUUUAUAUUUUUUCACUUCUGAGUUUACCUGUGUUAGAAGUUUGAUCUGCAUUAGUUUUAAAUUCAAAGAGAGUGACGCAGAUGAAGUUAGUUGUUACUAAAUAUUUUCACCCUAUAACUGCUGCAUAGCUAAACUAACUGACGAAGUUAACGUUAGCUUGCUAACAUAUAAGCCGCUCAGACGGACCUCUGAUCAACUAGCUGUUUAAUAAAACUUAAAGUUUUUUAAUCAAAUGUUUAUAAAAAAGAAUUACACAUGGUUUCCUUUUAAUACUUGAAGUAAAUCUAGUUUUUCUCUCCUGCUCCACAGAGAGUGAAGAAUCACAAAACGUAGAAAAGUUUUAAUAAACUGAAGGUUAAACAACAGGAACCGUCACAAACCUUGACUUUUCAGAUAGCUUUCUGUUGUUAAACGCGGCUCCAUUUACUCUAAUUCAUCAAGACGUUUGAAAGUUUUUUGAUUCUUCGUUCUCCAUAGAGGCAGAAGAGAAAAGUUUUAGUUCAGAAGUUCAAGGAAACACAAGAGAAACUGAUGUCCAAAGGAUCAUUGUAGGGUGAAGUUUUCCUUUAAAGUCAAAUAAUCUCGAAGAUCUCUGUCUCGUUCUCCUCAGUGGUAACAAUGGAACGCUGCCAAUUUCCCCCAGAAAUGUCGCCAGAGACUUCCUGUUACUAAUUAAUACUGCAGAUGCAAAGUCGGCCAUCGCCUCCAGCAGCGAUAGAUAGUGACCUAACAGACUGUUGUGUCUUUGAAGACAGUUAAAACAAUUAACUCAUAGUUAAUUACAACUUAGACUCAAACUUAGUAAAGGAUUAGUUGACAGUUGGUGCAGGUCGACGCUCACCGUUUCAUUUACCGUAAGUGCCUGGCAAAGGUUUAAAGUGAAGUAAAGAAAAUGUGUUCACUGCAGUUUAAUCCGUGUGGGCAGUUCUUUUUCUUAAAUAUACAGUAGUACCUGUCUUUUUGAGUGGCGUAAAGGUGUCUUUCUGUGUUGAUGUUCCUCUUUCUUAUUCCAUCACGGCGUUGCUUUACUCAGGUAUUUAUUCUUUUUUCCACUCACGCUGAGUUGCGUAAAUCCUUCUGCAUGAACACAGGUGUUUGUGUUAUGAUGUUUAAAGACUAAAUUGCCACAUUGGAGCCAGUAGUGCAGUUUUGCUGUCUGAAAUACAGUAGAUGUCAUAUAGUAAUAUUUUGUGCUGUAAUUGCAGUAGUAAGUGCAGCUGUAAUAUUAUAAAUUGUAUUUUUAUGUACCGGUUGUAUUGUGCAGUUCCACUUGCUGUGUGUGCCUUUAUAAAUGAUUGUGACUGUUGAGGCUGUUGGAAGCUUCUGUAGUGUCUUUAUAACUGUCAGCAGCUCUGCAGGUGAAUGUAAUAAAACAACUACC